AUGAUUGAGGCCUCUCGUCAGUUUGCCAUGCCUUAUCCACUACCAAGACCGAUUCCAUCUCUAGCGGACCGUGAUGGGGAAGACCAUGUUUUCAGUACGUUGGGUGGCUUGCGACCUAGAUCGGUGUCUCCAACGAAAAAUGUAGGGAACCGGAGACGGUCUUCUACUAUUAAGAGCACUUUAUUCUCAAUUUUCGGCGCCGCUGGCGGUUCCGGCUCACAUCAGAGGGGUUCCAGUCUGCCGAGAAGCAGUUCGACUUUGAGCGUCGGCUGUGGUGAGACUGCGGUGGAAGAAGAUGAAAAAAGCAGAAGAAAAAGUGCUGCAGGGGGCGAAUUGGGCUGUUUAAGACACUCACGGGGCAGCUUUAAUGGUGCUAUAUCGGCUCCUUCGUCGCCAGAGCAGAGUUCUGCGAAUGAGGCAGAAGAAGGUACUGCUUCAACUUCAUCGUGUCAAAGGGAUGGUGUCGUUGACGGUACCACCGUUGGAGGUAACUCGACUACCUGUUCUUCGACGUCGAAUCCCUCGAGGGGCUCGCUGAAGUCAUUUGGAAGGGAGUUCUUGUGCGAGUAUCUUACUGAGCGGGGAUUAUUGGCGCCAAAAAUUAUAUCAGAAACUCCUGACAUCCGAAUCUCAAUAGCCACUAGUGGUGAUCACGUCUUCCUGCCGACAAUGUCCUCGAGCGACGACGAGUAUCUAGCCAGACUGAACGGCCUACGAAGUGACGAGGAGGAAGCCGUGGAAGUGGAGCCCGAUGCUUUGCAGGACAGGCCACUCGGCAAUACUCCCGAUGUUCCGAGCCAUUCAUUGCCAGGUUUCUCUGAUUCAACUUCCUUAAAUGACGAGAGAGCUAUCGAAGAUGACACAGAUGAUGCAAGCGAUGAGCUUCCGGGAGGACUCGAAACCGGCGGUUCUGAUACCAGAACGUGUCAACGCAUGAGUUCUCUUACUUCUACUUCUGUGGCAACACCUGCUUUCGAGAUUGACAAUUCAAUGGCCACAUGCACGAUGGCUGUAAUUUUGUCGUUUCCUAAGGUAACUACGUUGGGAAAUAUUAGAGGGGAAUUGUGCUCCCGGGUGAGGGUGUAUUGGCACAAUGGUGUCCCCCCAACAAAGUCGUUCUACGAGGAGUUUUAUUGCGCAGGGUCCCUGGAAUGGGAAUUGAACACUAACAAUGCAAAUCUCUAUGUUCCACUUAACGUUUCAUCCGAUGAGAAGAUUAUAGAGAACAAUAGAAACCUCCGACCGAUGAAGUUAUUCAAGAAUAAUUCCACCGAAAUGAGACCAUACCUCGAUAAGAAUCAGACAAGGACAAAUUUACUGAAGAAAGUGAAACUUCGUAAAUCUCAAGUUUUCCAGCCCGGGGAUUAUGUCUUUAUAAUACCUGUUGUGUUUUCAAAUCACAUUCCUGAGACGCUCUAUAUGCCAUCGGCCCGCGUCGACUACCGAUUUCGUAUUGCGACUAAAAUUUCUUCGGACGAUCAGACGGCUGUCCCAGGUACUGAUAUGGAUCGUGGCAGGCAGACAGAGACUGAUCAGCCUAGCGGAAGGAGAUUCAGUAAUGCAAUUAAAAAGUUUAAAAAUAAUCUGCACGUAAUGAACCAGGCGCAAACCAAAAGUGAUGAAUUGAAUGAAAUAUAUUCUGAGUAUCCAAUCGACGUGGUACGAACGCCGCCUUUGAUUUCUAUCUCAACGGCAAAUAAGCCGGUUUAUAUCAAUCGUGUGUGGGCAAACUCAUUAUCAUACGAGAUUUCUUUUGGUCAAAAGUACGUUCCUCUCGGUAGCAAAGUGCCAGUUAAGAUAAAGUUGGCUCCUAUGUGCAAGGGCAUUUAUCUAAAGAGGUUGAGGGUUAGCGUGAUCGAGAAGAUCACGUUUGUGAGCAAGAAUUACGAAUAUGAGUAUGAUCAGAUUGAUCCCGUCGCCAAAGACCCUUACAAUCCCUACUUCAGUGAUUUUGCCUCAAGGAGGAAGAAAGAACGGAACAUUUCUCUUUUGGAAGUCAGAACCAGUGAAAAGGGUUCUCGUGCCAUUAGGGAAGAAAUCGUUGAAAAUUGCAUUAACGACAAUCUGCUAGCCUAUGCCGCGGCCGACAGUGAUGAUGGGCAACCAAUCAUAGGAAUAGCAGAACCAUUAAUGGUCGAGACUGUCCUUGAGUUUCCAAGAUAUGAAGAUCUGAACAAGAAGACAGCCAGGACUGUGCCGCCUUAUGGCAUCGAUGUCUACACUAGCGUCCCAAAUCCCGAGGCUGCGUCACAUGUCCCUACUCAUCGUAGCGGUGUAAUGGGAUUCUUGGUUAAUCGUAGGCCUUCACUUACCCAUCAGAGCAAAGGAAGUAGCGAUUCCGGCCAGUUAGGCCGUCCUCAGUCUGACGAAAAUUUCCACGAAACUACUUUAAGAAGCAACUCGGGAAUUCCCGUCCAAUUCCACACCAAUUUGAACAAGACUAAACGUGGUCUCUACCUGGACAGCUUAAAUUUCAGCAAUAUUUACAGUAAGCACAAACUGGAGUUUAUGCUACGUAUCAGCAAAAUAGACGAUACGAAUCCAAAGAGAUUGAGACAUUACGAAGUUUUGAUCGACACGCCGGUUUUCUUAGUUUCUGAAUUAUGCAACAAUGGUAACAUGGAACUUCCGACUUACGAUAUGGCGAUAAAAAAGCAGCCGCCUUUGGAAGCCGACGCGGAUGCUGCACUACCGCCAACUUUUGAAGAGGCUAUCUCUGUACCAGGCUCUCCAAUACAAUCGCCCAUCGUGUCUCCGUUUGGAUCUCCCAACGUAAGAUCCCGCUAUGACGCUGACGACCUGUCAAUCCAGCAGUUAAGCUUGUCCCGCAGCAAUUCAAUAGCGGGACCCUCUGAAACAAUACCUUCAUCGUCUCACCAGAUGUCGCUAUCUCACCCAAUGGAAGCCAACACGCGAUUCAACAAUCUCGAUGGCAUACUAAGUACCAAUGCAGCCAACAAUACGGACAGCGGAGCUUCAUCCGGCGCAAACGAACCAGCUAGCUUCGUGACAUCCCAAGAACCCACACAUGGAUCGGGCAUUUUCAAGAGCAGAUAUUCUCUGACGCAAAAUAGCGGUCCACCAAAAGACGACGAGGACCAUGGAGGAACUUCAGAAGAAGAAAUACCAGACAGCGGGCCGACAGCUUCGCCGCCUCCAGGCUAUGAUGAAGUGAUUCCGCUGAUGAGCGAUGAAGAAUAA